UAUUUUAAUCUUUCUUUUCUUGCCGCCACUUAUGUGACGUCAUGAUUCCUGAAAAUUAGGUCGAAAGCAGACAAUUGAAACCAAAAAGUGACACAAUUAUUGCAUAACUCCAAAAUUAAUGGCAUAUAACUAAUUAAUUUGGUAAUGUUCUAUUCCAAUGACAUAUAAGUUGCUACAUAACACAAGACACCCUCAAAUCACCAAAUUGAUCACCAAAAAAUGCAGAAAACCAAAAUCCACGCGCUUCUUCGGGCUGCAGCAUCAGCACUUGUGCUAAUCAUACUCCUCGGUGCGAAGGAGGCCGAGUGCGGCCCGAGCACCGGCGGCGCUCCGACGCUGAACGCGACGAGAGUGGGCGAUUGGUUGGACGACGGCGAGGAGUUCCUGAUGGAAUCGGAAACGAGCAGAAGGAUUCUCCAGGCCGGAAAGAAGACGAUCACUUACCCGUCGGCGAACCCGAAAUUACCCUUCUGCGAUAGUGCAGUGUACGGCAGUUGUAUUGGUAAAGACAACAAAAUUUACAAGCGGCCUUGCGACUAUCAGAAUACCUGCGGCCGAAAGGGCCAAUGAAUUUGGGGCUUUUGCUGCAAUUUCCGCUGCUGUUUAUCAAAGUUUGUGCCUUUGAAAAGUAUAGUUAUGGUUUUUACUGUUAAUUUUAACACACACACCAAAGUGGGUGUGUGUGUGUGUUUUCUUAUGUGUGAAUAAAAACUUGAAUGUUUAUUUUGUUUUUCCAAUAAUUAAUUAAU